UCAGGACAAUGAACGUCCUCAGCUAUGUUCUAGUUUAUCGUAAGUUUUUCCUGGUAGUUUUCACUCUGUUGGUUUUACUGCCAUUGCCAAUCAUCCUUCGCACCAAGGAAGCAGAAUGUGCCUACACACUCUUUGUCAUUGCCACAUUUUGGCUUACAGAAGCUUUGCCUCUGUCAGUAACAGCUUUGCUGCCUGGUUUGAUGUUUCCAUUGUUUGGGAUCAUGCCUUCUAAGAAUGUGGCAUCUGCUUAUUUCAAAGAUUUUCAUCUACUGCUAAUUGGAGUCAUCUGCUUAGCAACAUCAAUAGAAAAAUGGAAUUUGCACAAAAGGAUCGCUCUGAGAAUGGUGAUGACAGUGGGUGUGAACCCAGCAUGGCUGACAUUGGGGUUCAUGAGCAGUACCGCCUUUUUAUCUAUGUGGCUUAGCAACACCUCAACUGCUGCCAUGGUGAUGCCCAUCGUGGAGGCUGUGGCACAGCAAAUCAUCAGUGCUGAAGCAGAGGUCGAGGCCACUCAGAUGACUUAUUUCAGUGGAUCAACCAACCAUGGACUGGAAAUUGAUGAAAGUGUUAAUGAACACGAAACAAACGAGAGGAAAGAGAAGACAAUACCGGUUCCAGGAUACAGUAAUGAUGCAGGGAAAAAUUCAAGCAAUAUGGAGCUGGAAAAGAAUUCAGGCACAGGAGCCAAGUAUCGAACAAAGAAGGACCACAUGAUGUGUAAACUUAUGUGCUUGUGUAUUGCUUACUCUUCCACCAUCGGUGGACUGACAACGAUCACUGGUACUUCCACCAACCUGAUCUUCGCUGAGCAUUUCAAUAUGCGUUACCCUGAAUGUCGUUGCAUUAACUUUGGAUCCUGGUUUAUGCUUUCCUUCCCGGCAGCUAUUAUUAUUCUAUUCUUGUCCUGGAUCUGGCUUCAGUGGCUUUUCCUAGGAUUCAAUUUUAAGGAGAUGUUCAAAUGUGGCAAGACCAAAACAGUCAAGCAAAAAGCCUGUGCUGAGGUGAUUAAACAAGAAUACCAAAAACUUGGGCCAAUAAGGUAUCAGGAAAUUGUGACCUUGGUCCUCUUCAUUGUGAUGGCUGUGCUAUGGUUUAGCCGAGAUCCUGGGUUUGUUCCCGGUUGGUCUGCACUUUUUUCCAAGUAUCCUGGUUUUGCUACAGAUUCAACUGUUGCCUUACUUAUAGGACUUCUAUUCUUUCUUAUCCCAGCUAAGAGAUUGACUAAAACUACACCUACAGGAGAAAUUGUUGCUUUUGAUUAUUCUCCGCUGAUUACUUGGAAAGAAUUCCAGUCAUUCAUGCCCUGGGAUAUAGCCAUCCUUGUUGGUGGAGGGUUUGCCUUGGCAGAUGGCUGUGAGGAAUCAGGACUAUCUAAGUGGAUAGGAAAUAAAUUAUCUCCUCUAGGUUCAUUACCAGUAUGGCUAAUAAUUCUGAUAUCUUCUUUGCUUGUCACAUCUUUAACAGAGGUAGCCAGCAAUCCAGCUACCAUUACCCUUCUUCUCCCGAUAUUAUCUUCAUUGGCUGAAGCCAUUCAAGUGAACCCUCUUUAUAUUUUGAUACCUUCUACUCUGUGUACUUCAUUUGCAUUCCUCCUACCAGUAGCAAAUCCACCCAAUGCUAUUGUUUUUUCAUACGGCCAUCUAAAAGUAAUUGACAUGGUUAAAGCUGGACUUGGUGUUAAUAUCGUGGGUGUCGCUGUGGUGAUGCUUGGCAUGUCCACCUGGAUUGUGACUCUGUUUGACCUCUCUACUUACCCUUCUUGGGCUCCUCCAAUUAGUAAUGCGACCAUGCCAUGACAAGCAUGAACAUUAUAACUAUCCUGUGGUGAGUUUUGAGAACCAUUGAGAAUUCACUGCAGAUUUGGCUUUGGGAAAUUGAUGACACAUUUAAAUUAGUCCUGAUGUAGCUUUUGUGGUUCCAGUAAACGCUCAAAACCUGCUGGCAUAACCCAGAGUUCACACCAAAGAGCGUCUCCGUGCCUUUAUCAAGAAACUCACAGCUGAGAUUUUGCUCAUAGACCUUAUGCAUGCUGCUUCAACGUAAGAGUAAUUUAUAACAUGACCUUCAAAGAGAUUAGGUGAUUUAUUUCAUUUUAUAGUUUUGGUUUGGUGUAACAUUUCAAACAUCAAUUUAGUAUUUCAGAAACUUCCCAUAAAGCUAGAAAUAGGAAAUAAAACAUACCAGUUAAUUAGGUACUUGGAUAAAUCAUUUCUGUAGUGUUGCUGAAGGGAAUUUGUUGAAACACCAAAACAGUGGUCAUCUGCUGGUGCAGAAGAAAGGUUUAAUUUAAAUGAAAUCUGCAUUCUGUCAUUUUAAAAAAUACCAGAUUAUUUUUGACGUAUACAUAUGAUAUGAAAAUUGAAAUUGAACUGGUAGUUUCAAAAUUAUAGUUGAAUCCACUAAACAACAGAAAUCUCAUAGAUAAGGAUUAAUGUCUACUUGACCUUAUGGUUGGAUUAAUAUAAUUCAUACCUUUAUAUCUCAGUGCACUAAGAAAUGCAUUUUGUAGAGUUGUGAAUAAUGCUUGCUAUGAUUUGCACUGUUAUCACAGUGUAGGUAUAAAAGAAAGCUAAACAUUAUAAAACUAUUAACACAUUUAUGUAUAUGUAUAACAGUUUUGUUUAUAUGUUUAUCUUGUAAAUACGUAAAUACAAAAUAUAAAUGUAAAUUAGAAAUACAUAAUGUCAUAUGUAAAAAGAGAAGAUUCAGAAAUCUAAAUGAAUUAUCACUAUGUAUAGAGAUAGAAAAAAGUAACAUAACUCCAUUAUUUUCAACAUUGAGGCAAAAUAUCAGAUGAAAAAUAAGAAUAAAAAAGUAAAACUGUUGACAUAUUUACAAAAUAAAAAUUAUUAAAUUAA